CCACGCGCGUGUCCCCGCCGCUGUCACCUCCACGGCCCCAGCCCCGAGCGGCGCCGCGGGCGGGCCCGACGGGCGGGUGGCGGCCGCACCCUGGACCGGGCGGGUGCUUCCCACCGCCCCGUCCUCAUCCCUGUCUCCGCCGAGGCCAGGCAGGCUCCACGGCCCCACUGGACAACCCCAUGCAGCGGGAGCGCGGGGGGCAGAGCCCAGGAUCCCCCGAAACCGAGGUCAAGGUUGUCGUCGUGGGGGACGGGGGCUGCGGGAAGACAUCGCUGCUGGUGGCCUUCGCCAGGGGGGACUUCCCCAAGGUCUACGUCCCCACCGUGUUCGAGAAGUACACGGCGUCCCUCCAGGUUGCCGGAAAGCCCGUGACGAUCCACCUCUGGGACACAGCAGGACAGGAAGACUAUGACAGGCUUCGCCCGCUGUCCUACUCAGACGCCAGCGUUGUCCUCAUAUGCUUCGAUGUCACCGACCCCAGCAGCUUCGACAACAUCCUAACAAAGUGGUACCCGGAGGUGAAUCACUUCUGCAAGGGAGUCCCGGUGCUGCUCGUGGGCUGCAAGACGGACCUGCGGCAGGACGAGGAGACGCUGCGGAAGCUGCGGGAUGGACGGAUGGAGCCCAUUUCCCGCCAGCAGGGAGAGGCCAUGGCCCGGCAGGUCCGCGCCGUGUCCUACAUGGAGUGCUCGGCCAGGUACCAGGAGAACGUCGGGAACAUCUUUGUGGCAGCCAGCAGCGCUGCCAUGAGUGCCACCCGCCGGAGGCAGCGCGGGAGGAGAGCCUGGAGGGGCUGCGUGCUCCUCUGA